CCAAGAGCGAAGCGAGUUAGUGCCGCUACCUAGCCCACCACCAAAAAGUCUGUCUCACGUGCUCCACGACCUCGCACACUAGAUAUGUCAGGUCGAACGGAGAUGGAGAGACGCUCCAAACUCACCAACGAGCUUAUAGCUUUGCAGCAACAGACACCCGAGCAGCCGUACAGCAUAAUACAUCGUACAAACCUCGCUGCAGCGUACAAAAGCCUUGGAUAUCCUGACCUUGCUAUUGGAGAUGCAUACAAGGCGCUUUUGCUUAUUGAUGAAGUGACCGAGGAAGGGGAAUACCAUGAUGAGGCUUUAGAAGCCGCAAAUGCCGACUACAUCUCAGAGGGUGCUGCCAACCUGACAAUCGAGCCCAACAACACUGCCCAAUCUGAGGAGGAAGACAAAGUUGUCGCCUGGGCGCGAUUUCAUCUCUCGAGAAAUGCGCAUGACAUCCUGAUAGAAGCCCUUUUGGCUUGCGGCUGUUUCCGUAGCGCCUUCGACUAUAUCGCUCGCGCAACGAAAGCUUUCCCGGAUGACGAUGUCUUUGUCAAGUAUGACGAAACCCUGACCUCAAAACUUCGGGCCUACUAUGAGGAAAACGGCGAAGACGUCGAUGCUAUUGAGGUUGACGAUUAUCCCGACAAAGGGCUCGUUCGUCGCGAAAACUACGCCUGGAACGAGUACGAGCCAGACCGUCAUUCAAAAGAAAGCUUACAAUUCCUCAAUAAUGAAUUGGCGAGCAUAGCCCCAAAGCUCGAGGUUCGGAUAUCUGAGCUUCCUCUCCUCUCAACAGAUCCGCUAAGCCAGGAGUCGAAUGUCGAGGUUCAAUUUGUGAAACAAUUAGGCAUAUUCGCGAAAGAAGAUAUCGCGCCCGGAGAAGAAGUGCUUAAUGAAAGGUCUCUCAUGACAGCUAUAUCCAGGCUUCACGAUGUUUAUUGCGAUGCUUGUAGUACUACAUUGCCAAGCUCGCCAGAAAACACAAACACCAUCCUCUCCUGCGAAGAAUGCGACGAGGUGUUUUUCUGUAGCGAAGAUUGCCACGACUUAGCGCAGGAUACCUACCACCCUGCAAUCUGUGGAGUAAGCGUAGAGCAAAGUAAAGUCCCUGCUCGCGAAGCCGCAGACUCUCUGUACUCCAGUCUCCUUGUCCGAGCGCUUGCACUUGCCGAAACACAAGAUCUUCAUCCCUUGGAGCUGAAAGAGCUACGUUACAUAUGGGGCGAUUAUCAUGGCAAGGAUCUUGAUACUGCAUGGCGAGUCAAUCAUGAGGGCCAGCUGGUCAACGCUUUUGCUGGUGUCCCGCAAACGUUGCCAUUCUCGUUCAACAACAAUAUCAUCAAACCUCUACACUUGUUGGAGAAGAUGGACGUCAACAUCUUCACUCAAAGCUACCGAUAUGAUACCUGGGUCUUCAACACCAUCUAUGCCAAACUAAGAGGCACGGCCUCUGCCCAACAAGGCCUAGACGGACGACCGGAGAUAGGCGCUGUCCACCCGAUGUGGUGUCUCGCCAAUCAUAGCUGCGAUCCGAACGUGGCUUGGGAAUGGCAAGGGUCUAUGAAAUUCUGGACUCGUCAGAAGCUUGUCGAUUGGAAAGGUAGAGAUUCCAGUAAGAGUCCUGGGCUGAAGAAGGGCGAAGAGGUCUUUGGACAUUACUGCGAUGUGCGAUUGCCCGUACAAGAACGCAGAGAAUGGGCGGCCGGCGCGCUGGGUGGAGACUGCAUGUGCCAGAGAUGUGUUUGGGAGGAGGCUGAGCAAUGACGCCUUAAAAACGCAGCAAAAACGACCCAAUGCCACUGAGCACAUUUCUGUAAUCCUACUACGGAGAUCACUCCCGCACCAACCACCUGUUGGCCUUUACAGCUCAGAAGAACUUAUAGAUAUCGACGCUAGGCGUGUAAAGAUCGUGUACAACGCUAGCAUACCGGGGAAGUAUGAUGCACAUGCCGGGGCAUCAUGUCCCAACCCUGUUCCCAACUGCCUUGCAGAAGACUCGCUAAACGUCCGACAAAAUCG